AGGAAAUUUAAUGCAUGAUGUGCCGAGGAGAUAGAUGAACUAGUACUAGCUUCAUGCAGCUCAUGAUGUUUUGAACAAGAACGCUCGCCAUGGCGUAGAGCUUUUUCAUGACAGAUUUUCAACGUCAAAGUGGAUCUGGAAUUACUUUAGUGUUUUUUUUGUCAUGUCUAUUUUACCAACAGGCCGUCGAGUAUCAUUUUCAUUUCCAGAAUUACGCACCCCAUGCUUAUGAUUCACGAUGAGAAUUGAGGUGUCAUUCUUGUGUGAUUGAAAUUCCAAAAACUAACAAGCAUAUUAUUACCCAUACCACUCCAAGACAAGUGUUGCCGACUUACUACAGCAGCUCUACGAAUCUCGUCCUUCUUUUCACGUCCGCUUGCCUGGAUGAAGUGCGAUAUCCCACGAAUAAAGUGUUACAGUUACACAUUUGUUGGAGUUUCUGCAUCACAAAGUUGCUCGACAUAGCAAAGAAAACCUGUGAUGCGCAGACUAUGUCUAUACGGGAAAACAGGAAUGAAAUAAGGCUGGCAAGCAUUUCCUGCAUGACAGAGGUUGUCUGUCUUGCUUGUCUUCCAUCAGAGUGUGUAACUGUAGUAACGCUUUUUUCUUUGCAUAUGCGAUAGGUCAACACUAAUUACCCUCGUUUGUGCCUACCUACAGGUGGUGAUGAAAAUUAGGCAGUAGUAGUUCAUCUUUAAAUGGCCGCAACCCGUACGCCACAGUGAUAGCGCACCGGACGCCGUGGGAGUUGUAUUGUGAGAAGUAUGCCGAUCUUCUUCCUCCAGCAGUGCUUCCGCCUACAGAAAAGUGCAUGUGCGGCACAACGGGGGGGAUAGCUACUGUUGUGUCCGUUGUGGUAUCACUUUUGAGUGCCAGCCGGAUGUUCUACGUGCGCAUCUUCUGGUGCACGAGCAGCUUGAGUUUGCGCGUUGGGUGUACGAUGAAAAAAGUAAGAAGUGGAAGCCGGCGGAGCACUUUCGCAAUAAAAAGACCGGUGACAUCAUCCUCCCGGCCGGCAACCACAUCCGGAAGAGAUACAUCCCCCCUUCCGAAAGAGCAACAGUAACAGCAACAGGUGGUGAUGAAAAUUAGGCGCGGUGGUAGUAGAUGCUGUAGUUCAUCUUUAAAUGGCCGCAAACCUGUAAUAUCUCGACUUCACGCUCUUCUGGACAGAAAACGCGACCAGUGCUCAUCUUCAAAAAUUUUCACUUAGAAACAAUAAAGACGAGCACUAUAAUUCUUGGGAGGAAGAAGUUUGAUGUUGACUGACGAAACGAACAAAUCGAAAAGACGAUAUAUAGUUGAUUUUUUUUACUACUAGCACGACGAAAAUUAAAUUCUAGCGCAAGCGCUACUUUUUGCAGUAUUGGAAGUUGCACCAGGUACUUACAACUACGACUACAACGUUUCCACUGAUGUUGCCUUCUUGCCAGUACGAAUAGCAAUCCCUAGAUCCGGACGGGGCUUGCGUGGGAGUGUGGGUUUCAAGAGAAUUCAAGUCCAGAAUCCAGGCGAAUGAUUCACCUUUGGGACCCUGUAUCCAAGACAGAAAAGUGCACAAAUACUUUAGAAACAACGAAAUUUGUGUUGCGGUUUUUACCUUAGGGAGAUUCCAACUAUGCAAGAAAACUGCUUUCGGCUGCUUGUGCUUGGCAUGACAAACUAUUUUUUGGUCGCCCUCUAGUCGCUAGGUAGCAUUGCAAGCUGCGUUGAGCCUGCAUGACAGAAUAAAAUUCCCCCGAUUCUUUGGUCUCUGCAUUUUUGCAACAGAGUUUUUGGUGCUGACUACAGCAAUUCAGAAACACAAUUACCAGUAGUUUCUUGUGGUACGGGUGUCCUUUUCUGUAGGAUACCCUGUUUCUUUUGACCAAACCGCUCCACUUGCAGCCUUCCGGACUAAUAAGCGCGACUGCCGACUUCCUUGAUGCCGGAUUUCAUUGAAGGAAUUUCUUCUACUAUCGAGUAAAAAAAGUUCGUCACGAUCACGACUCAUGCGCAUUUAUGCAGAAUACAAAAUUAGACCUACCUCCUGUCAUGCUUAAGCAGAAUGCAUCUUCACAGUCUUUCAUACGCGAUUUGGCUUGUGAUUGUGCACGAAAAGAAAAAGCUGCGCUGCGGCGCGAAAAUUUUGUCAUGCAAAACCUGCAAAGUAAUGAAUGUAUGACUGUGAGGACGAAGCUUUUUCUUUUCAUAUCUGCUCUACAGUUUUAGGACGAACCACAGACGAUCAUGUGCAUAAGCAUAACUGAGAUUUUGAUGAUGUGACCCGAUGAUUUGAAGAAACGAAAACAAUAUAAGUAAGACUGUGUACGCAUUGAAUACAACUGGUAAAGACUGCGACUAAC